CUCAGAUCCAUCCCAGACAUUAGGCCCAUUCUUCUGCCCUGUGUUCCCUCCCGGGCGCUCUGCUUGUGCUUCUCUCUGUGCCUGGGGGCUGCCGCUGCCUAACAAAGGAAUGGGAUGAGCAGCUGCUGUGCUCACAUCGCUCCGGCGUUCACUGUGCUCUGCAAACGGAGUCCGGACAACUGCCUCUUAUACACUCAUUUCUUCUUACUCGCUCUUCCAAACAUGGAUUUAUAGUUGGAGUUUCACUUGGAUGGGACUGUUACAGGAAACGCUGUGUGAUUGCUCGGCAAGGGAUCACAAUACAUGAUAUGGAGAAAAGAAAACCUGGGAAAUUAGUACUGAGCUACAGCACAAAAACAAGCCUUGUGGAGAGAGUCUACAUUGCUUCUAGAUUGUUCUAUGGAUACUGUUGAGAUCCACAAACAAGGAGUCAGUUGGUCCAUCCACAUCUUGGAAUGGGAAACGAAAGCAAUAAUUCCACCUGCCUCAUAGAUGACUCCUUUAAAUACAAUCUCUAUGGGGCAGUUUACAGCGUUGUGUUCAUCUUUGGGCUUAUUACAAACUGUGCCUCCCUCUUUGUCUUCUGCUUCAAAAUGAGGAUGCAAAAUGAAACUGCUAUCUUCAUGACUAACCUGGCAGUGUCUGAUUUGCUUUUUGUAUUUACACUGCCUUAUAAGAUUUUUUAUAAUUUUAACCGGCACUGGCCCUUUGGUGACAGCUUGUGUAAGAUUUCUGGGACGGCAUUCCUAACCAACAUCUAUGGAAGCAUGCUUUUCCUCACAUGCAUCAGUGUUGACCGAUUCCUGGCCAUCGUUUACCCAUUUCGCUCCCGUACAAUUCGGACCAGAAAAAAUUCUGCUAUUGUUUGUGCCUGCGUGUGGAUCAUCGUGCUGAGCGGAGGUAUUUCGGCAUCCCUCUUUUCUACCACCAAUGUUUCCAACACGAGUACCACGUGCUUUGAAGGUUUUUCAAAAAGCAUCUGGAAAACGUAUUUGUCAAAAAUCACCAUAUUUAUUGAAGUGGUUGGAUUUAUAAUCCCUUUGCUAUUAAAUCUCACCUGCUCUUCAUUGGUCCUGAGGACUUUGAGGAAACCAGCUACCCUGUGCCAAAUUGGAACCAACAAAGAAAAAGUUUUGAAAAUGAUUGUCGUUCACGUGGCCAUUUUUGUUGUGUGUUUUGUACCCUUUAACUCUAUCCUCUUUUUGUACGCUUUGGUCCGCUCACAAGCCAUUUCUAAUUGCGCAGUGGAGAGAUUUGCGAGGACAAUGUAUCCAAUCACUCUGUGCAUCGCAACGAUGAACUGUUGCUUUGACCCCUUUGUUUACUACUUCACUUCAAAAUCCUUUCAGAAGUCAUUUAAUAUAAACCCUAUCAUUAAAAUGGACACCCUAUUUAAGAUUGAUUCUGCAACAAAAAUAGCCUUGCCAGUUACACAAGAGGAACUGACUGAACAGAUGAACAUUAAUAACGGAGGGGAAUUGAUGUCUGAGGCUAAUUACAAGGACUAAGAUUUUGAACAGUUGACUACAGCUGUUGUUAGGAGCUGUUGUUUGCAGCCAUAAUGCUAAUGAGAGAAUAUGUUGCUAUUCAGCCUGGUCAGUAUUAUAGAUGGAUGUGUGUAAAAUGCAAACUUUAAUUUAAGUAUAGCUAUAUUGUUGCUAGUUGUGUAAAAAUAACCAUCACGUGUUUUCUUGGCAGUUUGCUCUGUGUAUUUGUGUACAUAUUAAUUGUAAAAUAUUCUAAA